AAAGAAAAUAAAGAAAAAGGAACAAAGAGAGAGAGAGAGAAAGAGAGAGAGAGAGACAUGAGAAGACAAUCAUUUGCUUCGAAUUUGAGUAGCGGAAGUACAGGGGAACCGCUUAUCGUCGUUGAGGAAAGUACAAUUGGUGAAGAGGAUGCCGAAUGUCGAAGGAACGAAUCCCCACCACGUUGUCUUGAUCCUGAUUCCCCAUCCAUAAAUCCCUAUCUUCUAUCACCAUGGAGGGAAACCAGAAAACAUUCUUUACCAACACCACCAUGUACAUCCGGGAUAACCGCAUCCCAGGUACGACGUUUGAGCGAAAGAGGAGGUGAAGGUUCGGGUCCAUCGCCAAGGGAAGCAGCUUUUCUUGCUACUUUGUCUCAAGCACCACAACAACAAACCGGAAGAAGACAUUCCGUAGUAACGAUCUCAAGGGUACCACCAACCGUAUUUGGUCGCAAUCGUCGUGAAUCUAUUGCUGCAUUUCCUUUACCUGGUGUUUCAAGGAUAUUACCUGGUAGACGAGAUUCAACAGGGCCACCGAGCAACAGUGGUAGCACUCAUAAUCUUCAAUUGGAUAUAAUGGACGAUAUAGCAAAGAUCAAAGCAAGAAAGGUACGUUUGAAAAUGUUCAAAACACCGUCACGUGAAUGCGUUUAUGAGAUUCAACCUAUGGAAGGUGAUAGUUCAAGUCAACAUUAUACUCAAUAUCAAAAACGACGAUUUUCCGAAUUUCAAAUGCCCACGACAAUAUCACCGAGUACAAAUUCAUCGAUAAAAAGACGAGUUUCCGAAGUAACAAGGUUACCAACUGAAAUGAUAGCCAGUACUACAUCAGCGGCUGGUAUCGUUUGUUCUAAUACCGAUUUGAUAUCGAUCUUAAGUUCAUUGACAUCAUCGGCAACGGAAAUAAACAGAUGUGGGGAGGAAAGUUCAUCGGUGUCAUUUAGAGAUGAUGCCACUGGCAAGUCAAGUUGGUCGAGCAAAACCACAGAACAAAAACGUAACAAAUUGAAAAGCUCACGUUCGAACAGUUUUGACGUAUCAAUUUUACAUGGUACAAAUAGCAAACAAACUAGUCCCGGUACAAAAUCAACAGCUUCUUCGAUAAUGGGACCGUCAAAUUGGUUUACCAAACGACAUCAACCAAUGUGCAAGAAACAAAAGAGCGCGGAAUCUGCCCUACCAAAUUUAUCUUUUAAAUUUGACAAAUCUAAAGUGGUUCGUGCGGUAAAAGAUACUUUAAACAAAUCACCACCAACUAAGGAUAACGAAACGAGACACAAAGUCGUUUGGGAUGAUACAAGUGGUACCAAAGUUGACGCACAAGUUCUUGGCAGUGCAAUAGAAAAAAUUUUAACCGCACAAAGAGGAAAUGACGCGGAAUCAGGUGGUACGUCCAAUGGAAAACCUUCGGUUUCACCUAACAAAUCGAGAUCUGGAAAAAUGACAACUUGGUUUUCAUCGGGUGGUGGUGGUGGUGGUAGUGGUAAUAAGGAACAACAAGAACAGACUGAAUCAUGCGAGGCCUCCAUUUGUUCCUCUCUUAAGGAUCUUUUCGUAAAGUAGUUUAUACGUAACGGUCUACUCGUUCCUUGUAUCUCGUCAUUCGAAUUAAUCUAUCAUUCUCCUCCUCCUCCUCCUCCUCCUUCUCCACCACCUCAACUAUCUUCUCUCUCGUUGUAUUGUAUUAUAUUUAUGUACAUUUAAUCAAACGAUAGAAUUUGAUGAUAGGAAAUGUGUUAUUUAAAUUGUGAUUAAUCCAUUUUUUUAAAAAGGCAGACAACUAUUAUUGCAUUUUUUAAUCCAUUUUAUAUAUAUAUAUACAUAUAUACACACACAUAUAUAUAUACUCUUGUUAGAAUGAAAUGUUAGUCUAGGAAAAAGAGACUUAUGUUUUUAAAUUUAGAAAAGUGUAUGUCUAGUUCAGGGAUAUGAUAAUAAUUGACAAUCUAUGAGAUUCAUGUAAAUUUUGUUCCCCUUUUAUAGUUUUGAUUGGAAUCUUUACAAAAUCUUAUGAUAUCAAAAUAAUAUAGAAAAAAAAAAAAAAAUAUAUAAUUUUAUCGAUCCUAUUACAAUCGUGUUAUCGUAUCAUAAAUCAAUGAGAGAAAAAUGACAUAUUUAUUCAAAGACAACAAAUGAAUGAACAAUUAAAAAGUGCAUGUGAUCAUCGUAUUCCAAUUUACCAAUGUUUUACGUAUGUAUAAGACUUUAAUGUGCAAAAAUGGCAUAUGUAUAUUAGAACUGCUUAUUCCGUGAACUGUUAGAGAAAAAAAAAAGAAAAAAGAAAAAAGAUAAAAAAAAAAAAACGAAACAGAUUAGAAAAAUUACAUCUCAUGUGUAUCGAUGAAAUUCUUGCCGAUGUUUCUUUCAUAUUCGUGUUAACUCUUUGGGGGACGACACGGUGGGAUUAAAAGUGUCCCACCUUUUUUGAUACACCAUAAUGCACGGUGGGGACGACAUUUUUAGUCCCACCUCGAAAUAUUAUUGCAAUAGUUAUUACACACGCUCGUAAGUUUAUAUUUCGUCUUAUUUACGCAAAACAAUUGAUUAUUUUAUGUUUUUACAUUAUGUUAUAUAUUUAUUCAUAAAAAAUAUACCAAUUUAGUUUCAUUUAAAAAAACUUCAUCAAAUUUCUCUAUGCAACAUUGAGCUGGCUAUUUUAUUAUCUACAAUUCUAUCCUGCAAAGAAUUAAUUUCAAUAAUAAAAAUAAAUUAAUGUAAAUAAAAAGAAAACUACCCAUUAUAUAUCGUCUUAUCGAUAAA